AUGACCACCACCAACAAAAAUAUACAACCAGACGUGCGCUUUCCUAGAAGCGACGAUAAGAACAAUGCGACUAUCCGAAGUAGUGAGAUUUUACCCAUUCGUCGAAUGAUCGCGGUAGAUAAAUCGAAGAAUCCAGCACUACAGAAGAAGGAAAUCAAGUUUCGUGCCAGAUUACCCAAGGUUAAGACAGGAUGUCAAAAUUGCAAAAUCAGAAGAAUCAAGUGCGACGAAAAAUUACCCGGCUGCUCCCGCUGUUUUAGAUUUGGAAUUUUAUGUAGUGGAUAUCCGAAACAACCGGAGAAGAUCAAACCAAAUUCUCGUCAAAUUGUGCCCAUUUUGCCCAAGGGAACGAUUUCUGAUAUUGCACAAGGAUCCAUAAUUGAAUUAUACCUUGGACCUCGAUUUACGGAAGAGCUCGAGGGCAGGUAUUUUAAACACUUUUGUGAGAAUGUUGCAGCAGGAUUAGCUGGCCCACUUCAAACGAGUGUUUGGUCCGAGAUCAUUCCUCAGGUGUGUGAAAUCGAGCCAUAUAUUGCACAUGGCUUAGUAGCACUUGGUGCCUUCAGCAAGUAUAGCAAGGAGAUGGUCCAAGGGGGCGAAUCAUCAGAUACCAAAAAGCACUUGGAAUACGCUUUGCGAGAGUAUGGAAAAAGUCUACGAGGUAUGCAGAAAGCAAUUGAUGGAAACGUGAGCCGGAGUCCAAGAACAGCUUUGAUUGCAUGCAUGAUAGUUUUCUGUAUCGAAAGUCUACAGGGACAUCAGGCAUCCGCUUCUAUACACGCAACUAAUGGUAUUAUGAUGCUUUACGAUUACUAUCAAUCAUCAGCAGCCGGCACCGAAUUCACAAAAGAGAAUGUCAUAGGACCUGAACUUCGAAGAGCUUUCACGGAUUUAGAUUUACAAGUUUUGCACUUCCUUGAUAUUCGCCCACCAGCUCACCACGUUAUCAUAAAGGAGCAGCUCAAUCGAUACCAUCUUCACGGAGCCCAAGUCCCAACUUUUCAGAACAUCAAGGAUUCUUACGAGUAUUUACAAAUGAUCAUGAGAAGGAACCUUCAUUUCAUCGAUAUAGCGAGGAAAUUACUUUUGGAGACUGACUUUCAAGAGCAAUCCACAACCUUUUCACCCAGAGAUUGGGAAGGAGCUGCAGAUUUACGCCAAAAUAAUAAUCCAUGGACUCAGCUAGAGCCACGCGCUUCUCGUUCUUCACCUGCGGCAUCACGCGAUACUCAUCCAUGCGGUAAAAUCUAUGGGGAGGAAGAAUCUGCAGCGAUGCCUCAAGAAUCUCUGAAUCCGACCAAUUCCGGCGUCGAAGGUAGCUUUGCGGAUCCCUGUAUGGAUCGUGUAGCUGCGGCCCGUUUUCCACCCGAAAUACUACGAGAACGCGAUAUCUAUCUGACAGAUCUGAUGCAUUGGGAAAAAGCAUCUGAAUCUAUUCUUCAAAAAUGUCUCGCAUCUCCUCACCACUCGCAAGAAUUUCGGACGGCGGCUCUCCUCAAAACUCACGCCGCCGCUAGUGCCAUUCGCCUCCACGGCUCCUUUUUCAUCGACGAAAUUCAAUACGAUCAACUUACUCAUUACUUCCAAAAUAUCAUUACUUAUUGUACAUAUCUCCAUCCUUAUUACAGCACCUCAUCCUACCACACGAAUCUGGGUAUCUUAAUGCCGCUCUUCGAAGUCGGUACGCAUUGUCGCUCUAAGAUAUUGAGAGACCAGGCAAUCGCAAUGUCUUUUGUGAGUAAAGAAUAUAGAGAGGGGGUAUGGGAUAGUUACGUUGGAGGAUUCAUCUGUAAAUGGAUUCGAGAUCUGGAGGAACCGUGGCGAGAUGAAAAAGGACUGAUUCCUGCGGAUCGAAGAGCCAAGAUUGCGGGAUUGAAUGUGGUGGUUGAGAAGAGGAGAGCGCAGAUGUUUUGUUCGCAGAGGAUUGGCGUAGGAAGGGAAAGUGUGACGAAGGAUAUAAUCGUUACUUGGUGA